AUGUACAUUAAGCAAGUUAUUAUCCAGGGCUUUCGUUCAUAUCGUGAUGAAACAAUCAUCGAACCAUUCAGUCCUCGUUAUAACAUUAUUGUUGGACGAAAUGGUUGUGGCAAAUCAAAUUUCUUCUUUGCUAUUCAAUUUGUCUUAAGUGAUGAAUUCAGUAAUUUAUCAGCGGAAGGUCGAUAUAAUCUAAUGCAUGAAGGUAUCAAUAGUCGAGCAUUGAAUGCAUAUGUUGAGAUCGUCUUCGAUAAUUCCGACAGCCGUAUUAUGAUUGAGAAACCUGAAGUAGCUGUGCGACGACAAAUCAGCGGCAAGAAAGAUAACUAUUUUAUUGAUCGUAAAGUUGUGAAUAAAACAGAUAUUGUCAACAUGUUGGAAGGUGCUGGAUUUUCACGUUCAAAUCCUUAUUAUAUUGUUAAACAAGGAAAAAUUACUCAGAUGGCUAUUGCACCAGAUGCCAAUCGACUUCAAUUAUUACGUGAAGUAGCUGGUACUAAAGUCUAUGACGAGAAAAAACAAGAAAGUGAAGCGAUCUUAGCUGAAACAGAGGAACGCCGGAAGAAAAUAGCUGAUCUACUGAAAGCUAUUGAAGAUCGUUUAUCAAGUCUUGAAACGGAGAAAGAAGAAUUAAAACAAUACCAAAAAUGGGAUCGAUCAAAACGUGGCUUAGAGUGUGCUAUUUGUAUGGCCGAAUGCGAAGACGCCAAAAAACGAAUUGAUGAAAUUGUUGCCAAAAUGAAUGGAACUACACAAAAAAUCGAACAAUUGGAAAACGAUCGACUAUCUAUAACAGAAUUGAUUCAACAAACAACGGAUGCUAUCAAUGAAUUGAAACAACGUUUGCAAACUCAACAGAUCGAACGUGAAACGUUGAUUGUUGAUAAUAAAGAUAAUUUUCAACGUAAAGCACAAAUUGAACUUGAAUUACAAGAUCUGCAAGGUGAAACUGAACAACGAGAUGCCAAGCGCAACGACUUAAAAAAAGAACUUGCGAAAUAUGAUAAAUUACUGCAAGAAAGUGAACAACAAUUGACGAAGAUCAUUCCCGAAUACGACCUUUUAAGACGUGAAGAAGAAGAGAAGAUAGCUCAACGAGAUCUUGCUGAAGAAAAACGUAAAGAAUUGUUUGCUAAACGUGGCCGUGGAAACCAAUUUGGUUCGACAGACGAACGUGAUAAGUGGAUUCGACAUGAAUUGAAAUCUUUGACUAAAGCUAUCCACGAUAAACGUGAACAAAUGGAACGUUUAAAAACAGAAUUGGACGAUGAAACUACUAAAGCACAAGAAAUCGAAGAGCAACUCCGACAAAUCGGAGAUAAUGGAAGCGAACAACGUGCUCAUAUGGACAGCGUCAAUACACAUGUACGAGAUUUACGGCAGAAAAAGAGCGAUAUUGCAGCUCAAAAAACAGAUUUGGCACGGAAAGAAACUCAGUUACAUAUGCAGCUUAGUCAAACUCGAGAUGAAUUACGAAAAUGUCAGGAUUCACUUCGAACAGUGAUGAGUAAAGGUGCAGCAUCCGGUGCUGAUGGUUUGCAACGACUUCUUCGUCAAUUCGCUGACGAAAAUCGUAAUCCAGAUAUUAUCAACGCUUACCAUGGCACUCUAAUCGAAAACAUCGACUGUAAUGCCGCUUUUCAUACAGCUGUGGAAGUCAUUGCUGGAAAUCGGCUCAAUUAUCAUAUUGUUGAUUCGGAUGUCGUUGCUACACGUUUAGUCAAAGAAUUCAAUACUGCUCGUCUACGUGGCGAAAUUCAUUUCUUGCCAUUGAAUGUUUUGGAAGUGCAAAAUAACAAUGUAUCGAAUAUAUCCGGCGCUUCGCCGUUGAUCGAUCAACUUCAAUGGUUGCCGAAAGCCGAACGAGCGGUUCGACAUGUAUUCAAUCGAAUUAUGCUUUGCGAAGAUUUCAAUUCAGCAACACGUACAGCUCGACAGUACGAUGUUGAUUGUGUUACAUUGGACGGCGAUCAAGUCCAACGUAAAGGUGCGUUGACAGGUGGUUAUAUCGAUAAAAAAGUAUCACGGAUGGAAUUACAACGUACAAUUCAAAAGUUACGUACAACGUUAGCAAAUCAAGAAAAAGAAUACGAGAAACUUCGAAAUGAAAUCUUGAAUAUUGAUAAUGAGCAUAAUAAUAUCAUGACUGAAUUACAGCGUGAAGAUAUGAAGUCAAAGAAGAAUUGGGAUAAUUAUGAACAAAUGAAAUCAGAUGCUAAACACAUUCAAUCCGAAUUAGAUCGAAUUAUUACACAACGACCAGCGAAAGAACGACAAUUCAACGCACUCAAAGCAACCAUCGAACAAUUUUGUGCUAAAGAAGAAUCGUUACGAUCCGAACUUGGUAGUGCUCUUGUUUCUCAACUAUCAACUGACGAACAGCGAACAGUGGAUCAAUUAAAUGACACAAUCGAACAGAUUACACAAGAUCUAAAAGAAAUCAUCAGAAAACGUGUCGAACUUGAAGGUACUAAAACACGACUUGAACAUCAAAUUUCGAAUAAUUAUCGAAAAAAUCGUGAUCGGAUCAGUACUGAUUUGGAACGAAUGCAUGUGGAAAAUGUUCGUAGUACAAUCGAAGAGCUCGAACGUGAAUAUAAAAUUCUAUCUGAUAAACUCAAUGAUCAUGAAAAACAAACAGAUGCUAUCGAUCGAAUCAUUAACAAUUUGGAUCGAGAACUGAAAAGUAAACAAAAAGAAUUGGAACAAUUAAAGAAUUCAGAUAAAGACAUUGACGAACAUAUCAACGAAGAGAAACGAAACACAGAUAAAUAUGAAGUUAAAUUACGUAAUGCACAAAAUAAGCUUGAUGAAAGUACAAAACGUCAAAAUAAUAUUGGCGUCCCACCUGAUGGUCUUGAAAAGUACAAAGAUAUAUCAAUAAAACAACUUCAACGUGAUCUUGAUCGUGCAAUCGUUCAAUUGAAAAAAUAUGCUCACGUAAAUAAGAAAGCACUCGAUCAAUUUUUACAAUUCAGUGACGAACGUGAUAAAUUGACAAAUCGUAAAAGUGAAAUUGACGAAGCUCAUCGUCACAUCGUUGAUUUAAUCGAAAGUCUUGAUAAUAAACGCUUUGAAACUAUUCAAUUUACCUUUAAACAAGUUUCAUUAUAUUUUACGGAAGUUUUCAAACGUCUCGUACCUGAUGGCACUGCUCAUUUAGUGAUUAAAAAAGGAGAAAACGAGGACUAUGAUAGCGAGCAAGUAUCGUCUCAAAGUUCCGGUCAACAGAUGUCUGUUGAUGAAUUCACCGGUGUCGGUAUAAAAGUUUCAUUUACUGGUCAAACCAAUGAAAUGCGUGAUAUGCAACAAUUAUCUGGUGGUCAAAAAUCCCUCGUUGCAUUAGCUUUAAUCUUCUCUAUUCAAAAAUGUGAUCCAGCACCAUUUUAUCUUUUCGAUGAAAUCGAUCAAGCUCUUGAUCCACAAUAUCGAAAUGCAGUUGCAGAUAUGAUCAAUGAAUUAAGUCAAAAAGCUCAAUUCAUUAUAACCACAUUUGGUCCAGAUUUACUUAAAUACGGUGAUAAAUUUUAUGGUAUUACAUAUCGUAAUAAAAUAAUGAAGCACAGAACCAAGCUCCAUUAG